GCCACCACUGAGCUCUGACAGCUCAUUGAGCGGCUUCAGUCCUCACCAGGGCAAGGAUGGACUGCCAGUGCCGAAACUUCCAGUGGGAUGUUCUCUGACAACAUGUAGUGGUUUGUGGGGGUGUUCUAGUAUGUGUGAGUGUGUAAGUUUUUUGUGUGUGCAUGAUUCUGAGAGUGAGUCAAAUAGGUACAAGCAAUCAUGGCUGUGAACAGAGUGUCUCAACUGUGCUUUGACAUCACCAGGCUUUGGCUGCAACUGAAGAUGAUGACAGAUGAAAUUUUGCAGACAGAAGAUCUUCCUCUGUGUGCAGCACAAAUUGGCACUGAACUCCAGAAGCAGUUUGCUAUCCUCCCAGGGGGCCGAGGUACUGAUGGCAGCCCCAUCAUCAUCUUCCCAGAAUUCCCGGAUUUCAAUGAACUGGAAGAGGACGAAAUCCAACAUGUGCUUAACUACCUCACUGCUGUGCCCAGCAUUGCCUCUUCAGGAGUCGGAUUCAUUCUGGUCAUCGACAGGCGACAGGACCGAUGGGCCGCUGUCAGGGCGACCCUGCUCCGAAUCGCAGGCUCCUUCCCAGCGAAUGUAAACUUGGUUCUGGUAUUGCGUCCCACUACUUUUCUCCAGCGGGCACUGUCAGACUUCCUAUUCAAGUUCAACAAGGAUGAAUUCAAAAUGAAGGUGGUCAUGCUGAGUUCGGUGACUGAGCUCCAUGCCUAUAUUGACCCAGGACAACUCACCACAGAAUUGGGAGGCACUCACGAGUACUGCAAUGAAAGCUGGAUUUCACACCGCACUGCAAUCGAAGCAUUCGCUCUCAUGGUGAAGACAACAGCUCACACUCUGCAGGCCUUUGGCACUGAGCUUGCAGAGACAGAAAUGCCCAACGAUGCUGAGGUCACCACCAGCUUGUUGCAAUCGCAUUCUCUUAAAAAAGACAAGAUGAAGGAGGACCUACAGGUAUCGCAAUCUCAAGGUGCACGUCUAUUGGAGUGCAUUAAUGAACCUUUUCAGAAUGACACGGAAUACAUUAUGACACAUGAUGAGCUGGAAAACUUAGCCACUGUACAGCGACUGCUGGGUCAACUGGAUGAGACCGAGACAGCAUUUGAUGAUUUCUGGGAACGCCACAGCUCGAAGCUGGAACAGUGUUUACAGCUUCGCCAUUUUGAGCAACACUUCCGUGAAGUAAGCUCCAAACUUGAUUCAACAUCUGAGCGGCUAUGCGGUUUCUCAGAGGUCAGUGUAAAUCCUGCCCAUGCUGAACACGUCCUCCGAGAGCUCAGCAUUCACGAGGAAAAGGCCUUUGAAGUUCUGGACUACGCUCUUUCACUUGCCAGUGAAGGCGAUAGGCUGAUUGAAAGUGCUCACUAUGCAGAGGACUCCAUUCGGCCGAAGUGCUGCGAGCUUCGAGCAGUUUGUGAGGAGAUCAGCUCUACUCUGAGGGACAAGAAGAGCCUCCUUCUAACUACGAUGGAGCUUCACCAUACCCUGGAGAAGGCUUCCCGUUGGUGCGAAGAGGGAAUUUAUCUUUUGGCAAGUCAACCAGUGGACCGAUGUCAGUCUCAGGAUGGAGCAGAAGCUGCGCUCAAAGAAUUGGAACGAUACCUGGACACGGCACCGCUUCACACCCUCAUUGACUGCAGCGCCAUCUGCUGCCAGUAUGAGGCGGUGCUCACUACUCAGCUCAGGGACCAGGUAGAGCGGGUUUUCCAGAAGCAAAGCUCUGUCCAGGAGAUGUUUGAGAAGAGACGUGCCAGCCUAAAAAAACUUGCCGCCAAACAAACACGACCAGUUCAGCCAGUGGCUCCAAGACCGGAAGUCAAGUCCCCACUGUCAUCUCCUAACCAACAGAGAAAAGAGAGAAGAUACUCUGCAGAUAAUGUCCUCAGCAGAAAGGUGGAGUCUCCCGUACACAAUGGCAGCACCAGACACGCAUCCCUCUCUGAAGAAGACGAAAACCUGGCUAUUCUUCGACGUCAUGUGAUGAAUGAACUGCUUGAGACUGAACGAGCCUACGUGGAGGAGCUUCUGUGUGUUUUAGAGGGUUAUGCGGCCGAGAUGGACAACCCCUCUAUGGCUCACCUCAUCCCCAGUACGCUGCUUUGUAAGAAAGACAUCCUGUUUGGGAACAUGCCCGAAAUCUAUCAGUUUCACAAAAGGACAUUUCUGAAGGAACUAGAGGCUUACACUAACUGCCCUGAACUUGUGGGCCGCUGCUUUUUGGAAAGAAUGAAGGACCUACAGAUCUACGAAGCUUACUGCCAGAAUAAACCUCGCUCUGAGAGUUUGUGGCGGCAGUGCUCCGAUUGUGCCUUCUUUCAGGAGUGUCAGAAAAAGUUGGAACAUAAACUUGGAUUGGACUCCUACCUCCUCAAACCCGUCCAAAGAAUUACAAAGUACCAGCUGCUGCUAAAGGAGUUGUUAAAGUACAGUAAAGGUUGUGAUGGCUCUGAUGAUCUCCAAGAAGCUCUCUCAUCCAUUUUGGGCAUCCUGAAGGCAGUCAACGACUCCAUGCACCUCAUUGCCAUCACAGGAUAUGAGGGCAACCUCUCUGAGCUAGGUCGUUUACUGAUGCAAGGCUCCUUCAGUGUUUGGACGGAGCACAAGAAGGGGCAUGCCAAAGUGAAAGACCUGGCCAGGUUCAAGCCCAUGCAGAGGCAUCUGUUCUUACAUGAGAAGGCCCUGCUCUUUUGCAAGAAGAGGGAGGAGAAUGGCGAGGGAUAUGAAAAAGCUCCAUCUUACAGCUUUAAACAUUCUCUCAAUAUGAGUGCAGUGGGGAUUACAGAGAAUGCAAAAGGAGACAACAAGAAAUUUGAGGUUUGGUGCAACCCAAGAGAAGAGGUCUUCAUUGUCCAGGCUCCAACACCUGAGAUCAAAUCAUCAUGGGUGACUGAGAUCCGAAAAGUUCUCACCCAACAGCUCAAAGCUUGCAGAGAUGCUAGCCAGAAUAAGAGCUGUGACUCCCCAAACCACUCUACAAACAGCACCAUCUCCCUCAGCCCCUUUCGGAGUAACAGUCAAAAGAACCCUAAAAAGCAGGAGGAAAAGAAAGCAGAGGCGAACCCCGUGUCUGACAACAGUGCUUCACUUUCCAAACCCAAAGAUGAGACGGUGACAAGUCCGACCGCGGACAGGUCCUCAGUGGCUAAAAAGCGUUUUACUUUGCAGGGCUUCAGCAAUCUCAAGAGUCCUAAAGGCUCGGGCUUAAGCCCAGAGCACAAUGCCAAGCGCAACUUGGUCAAGAGUGACCCGACACCAUUUGGGUUCAAAGGCUGGACCAAAGUUUCGCUCUCGUUGGAUGCCUCUGAGGAGAAUGAUGGCUACUCCAGUGGUGAGGAGCCGUUGAACUCUGACACUGAAGAAGAUGUUGGACAGAAGCUGAUUCCAGGGAAGUAUACAGUGGUAGCAGACUCCGAUAAGGCGGGACCUCAGGAGCUGUCAGUCAAGAGCGGAGAUGUAGUGCAGCUCAUAAGAGAAGGAGAGGAGGGCCAGUGGUUUGUGAAGAACCUUCGCAGCAACAACGAGGGUUGGAUGGCACAGGCAAACCUACUAAACUUGAUUUCUGAGUCAAAAUCAUCUCAAUCACUCAGCAGCUCAGAUGACAGUGUCUCUGGAAACAUUAGCACGUCCUCCAGCUGUAGUGAGACCUACACCAGCUACUCAGACAUCAAACCCUAACCUGUCUAGGACCACAGAAAACAGUGCUCUGAUCUUCACCAGUGUUUUAACUGAGUGCUAUAUGCUAUUGACAGUCUGUGUUCAAUUAUGUAGCAAAUGUGGACACAUCUUAAGAAUGUCUGCGCAAGAUUUGUAGCGUACUGCUGGCAGUGAGUCACAGGGAAUGGAAUUCUCCUGAGAAAGUUCGGCAGAGGCGGCACUUAGUGUCCCAUAUUGAUCAACACUGUGAAAAUUUGCAUGGGGUUGCAACUAGAAUAUCAUUUCAAGAGAGUCUGCAAAAUUUAUACUGAUAGGUGCAACUGCUCCCAUCGGUAUGGAAUGUAACAAUGCUGGAAUCACCAGCGCCAUCUGGUGCUCAAACACAGCCUCUAACUUUUACUAAGCAAUCAGAGAGGAUGUGGACCUUGUUCUGUUUGCGAGAGCUUGCCGGGCUCACCUCUCAGCUGCUCUGGAUUAACCUCUGAGGCGGCACGGAGCUGGCAGGUGUGACUACAUUCCUGCCCCACUUGGACUAAAUGUCAUAUGUGUGCACAUUAUUGUACGUAUAUGUACAUGCAACUAUUCUCCCGAAUGAAUCGUACAUGCUUGUGUCACAGACCUGAAAAUUAGAUUUAAGUGUACUCACAGAUUUGUUCCAAAUUCGGCUUACCUAUCUUUGGUCAGCACUUGGGAACAAAAACAGCUUUGUCCCAGCCCAACCCAGGCAUGUGACGGUAGUUACUUCCCUCCAAGCAAUUAGACGAAGACCGGCUAAGCUUGUUUGCUCUAUUGGCCUGACAACCACCACCUUCUUCUUUAAACUACAGCCCUGUCUUAUAGCUGAUGGACAAGCAUAAAUAAAACAUGAUUUUGUGUGUGAAUACACAGCAAGAAUGGCCCUUAAAUAGGAAUGAGGGGGCCACUGAUGAUGCAGCUCACUCUGCAACAACCACCAUGAGAAUCAUAGAAACCUUUGCUCCUCUCAACAAUGAAUGACGUACACCAUGUUUUCUAAAGACAACCUGUUUUACAACACUCAGUUUUUACUGUACUCACAAGGUCGUGCUAUAUGUGUGGCAUAUAAAUACAGUGUUGCUCACUCGUGCAGUAAAAUCAGCCCUACCCGUUUGUUGCUGGGAAAUCAGUUCUAUUUGUCUACGUACGUAAAACAAAAAAAGAGGGCUAGGGUGCAGAUUUUGUUAUAUUUCUGUGUGGCAAUUAUCAGUAUAUCAACGUAUUGUUGCUGUUUUUCUCAAGAACCACUUAAUGCUAUUUUCCCCCUCAGUCCAAUACAAUGGUUGAGCACAAAAUGCAUGUCUUUCCCAUGAAAGGGCACGUUCUUGUCUUCCGAAAAGUAAAAAUGGUAUGACAGAAAAUCUCAAACUAUGGCGCGUACUGUGUGUUGGUCAUUGUAAUACAGAAAUGUUGCUCUUGUACUGUGUUCUGUCUUACAUCUCAUUCUCUAAAGCAGGGGUUUUCAACCCAGUCCUCAAGGCACACUGUGGGUCCUGGUUUUUGUUCCAGCCGAUCCAGCAGAGACAGUUGAACCAAUGAGGCUUCUGCUAAAACAAGCCACACCUGACUGCAAUCAACUGAUUGCACUUGUAAAACACCAGAUUGGGGAAAAAGUGUUGUCAUCUUGUUUGGUAAGAAUGAAAUCCUGCACCCACAGUGUGCCUUAGUGGAAUAGGUUGGGGACCCCUGCUCUAAAGUUUGAAGCCACUUAUAUAGAAAAUAUUUUUUUCCUGAGUCCAAACUCAAGAAAACAUUUUACCAUUCAUUUUUGUAAAUUUGGAGUGUUUAUUUUCUGCCCACAUAUGAAAGCUGACACAGGCAUGAAAGCUGUAGUGUUUGAUCACAAGUCACAAAAUUAUUUGUACUGUAAACAUGAAAGCUGGAGAGAUUUUGUUUAUAUUUUGUACUUUCUUUUUACACAGCACAUUGCAGCAACCGCAAUCUUUAUUUUCCUACUGUAUAUGUACUGAUUAUGGCAUUGAUAUGAAACUAAUAUCUGUAUAUUUGUAAAUAUGUAAUUCUGUAUUGUAUGUAAAAUCAGAAGCAGCUUUAAUAAAGUCGAAUGGUUUCCUCUA